AUGGGGAUGAAAGCAGUUUUUGUUUGGUUCAUAUGGUUGGGGUUGGUAGAGUUUGCUGUAGGAGGAAGGGUGAGGCACUACAAGUUUGAUGUGGAGUACAUGAUCAAAACGCCAGAUUGCUUGGAACACGUUGUGAUGGGAAUCAACGGCCAGUUUCCAGGACCAACUAUUAGGGCUGAAGUUGGUGACACUCUUGAUAUUGCUCUCACCAACAAACUUUUCACUGAGGGAACUGUCAUUCACUGGCAUGGAAUCAGACAGGCUGGAACUCCUUGGGCAGAUGGAACUGCUGCCAUCUCACAGUGUGCUAUAAACCCAGGAGAAACUUUUCAUUACAGGUUUACAGUGGACAGGCCUGGAACAUAUUUCUACCAUGGACACUAUGGUAUGCAAAGAUCAGCAGGGUUGUAUGGUUCAUUGAUAGUAGAUUUGCCAAAGGGACAAAACGAACCGUUUCAUUAUGAUGGUGAGUUCAACCUUCUUCUAAGUGAUUUGUGGCACACCAGCUCUCAUGAACAAGAAGUUGGUCUCUCUUCCAUACCAUUCAAAUGGAUUGGUGAACCUCAGACUCUGCUGAUCAAUGGAAGGGGACAAUUUAAUUGUUCUCUUGCAGCUAAAUUCAUCAACACCACUCUACCCCAGUGCCAAUUUAAAGGUGGUGAAGAAUGUGCCCCUCAAAUUCUUCAUGUGGAGCCAAACAAGACCUACAGAAUUAGGAUUGCCAGCACCACUGCCUUAGCUUCACUCAACUUAGCUAUUUCUAAUCACAAACUUGUUAUAGUGGAAGCUGAUGGAAACUACGUUACACCAUUUGCGGUUGAUGAUAUGGAUAUUUACUCUGGAGAGUCCUACUCAGUUCUCCUUCGCACAGAUCAAGAUCCAAAGAAAAACUAUUGGCUUUCAAUUGGGGUUAGGGGAAGAAAUCCUAACACCACACAAGGCCUAACCAUUCUGAACUACAAGACAAUCUCUGCCUCAGUUUUUCCAACUUCUCCACCACCUACCACACCCCUUUGGAAUGAUUUUGAACGCAGCAAAGCAUUCACCAAGAAAAUCAUUGCCAAGAUGGGAACCCCACAACCUCCAAAACGUUCUGAUCGUACAAUUUUCCUCCUCAACACCCAAAAUCGCGUUGACGGGUUCACCAAAUGGUCCAUUAACAAUGUGUCCCUAACAUUGCCACCAACCCCUUACUUGGGGGCCAUCAAGUUCAAACUAAACGAUGCUUUUGAUCAAACACCUCCACCUGUGACCUACCCUCAAGACUAUGACAUUUUCAACCCUCCUGUGAAUCCUAAUUCAACCAUUGGCAAUGGGGUGUACAAGUUCAACCUUAACGAGGUUGUUGAUGUGAUAUUGCAAAAUGCAAACCAAUUGAGUGGGAAUGGUAGUGAGAUUCACCCUUGGCACUUGCAUGGGCAUGACUUUUGGGUAUUGGGGUAUGGAGAAGGCAAAUUCAAACAAGGUGAUGAGAAGAAAUUCAACUUGACACAUGCACCAUUGAGGAACACUGCCGUCAUUUUUCCAUAUGGUUGGACUGCUCUGAGGUUUAAGGCAGAUAACCCAGGUGUUUGGGCCUUCCAUUGUCACAUCGAACCACAUUUGCACAUGGGAAUGGGUGUGAUUUUUGCUGAGGGUGUUCACAAAGUUGGAAAAAUCCCCAAAGAAGCAAUAAAGUGUGGACUUACUGCGUAG